GGGAUCUAAAACUGCUGUCAAAGGGGUCACAACACAAUGGAAGCACCAUUUCUUCUAUUCCUUGACGGAAAAAGUAAAGUAAACCAUGACGACGACGUUGGAUUGGCAAUGGGAAAACGCCGUCGCUGGCUCCGUUGCCGGACUUGCUACCGUCACCUUUUCUCAUCCUCUUGACGUUGUCCGUACUAGAUUCCAAGUUUAUGAUGGUCGGAACCCUAACCUUCCAAGUUACAAACAUACUCCUCAUGCUCUCCUCACCAUUGGUCGAUUAGAGGGUCCAAGAGGGUUAUAUGCUGGCUUUAAUCCGGCAGUCAUAGGCUCCACUCUCUCAUGGGGUCUAUACUUCUACUUCUAUAACAGUGCCAAACAAAGAUAUAUGGAAAACCAAGACAAGUCAAGCGCGUAUAUUCAUCUUGCUUCUGCUGCAGAAGCAGGAGGGCUGGUAUGUCUUUUUACCAACCCUGUUUGGGUUGUGAAAACAAGAUUACAACUUCAGACUCCUCAGCAUCAUGGCCGUCCCUAUUCGGGUUUUAAUGAUGCUUUCAAAACAAUAUUGAAAGAUGAAGGAUGGAGGGCAUUAUACAAAGGGCUUUUACCUGGACUUUUACUGGUCUCUCAUGGUGCCAUUCAGUUUGCAGCAUAUGAGGAGCUUCGUAAAAUGAUAAUUGAUUUCAGGCAUAAACAAAAAGACUCCUCCGUUGCUAAAAGUUCUAAUUUAUUGACUACAAUUGAUUAUGCAACUUUAGGUGCUUCUUCUAAACUGGCUGCCAUCCUUGCAACAUAUCCAUUCCAGGUCAUCCGUGCUCGACUACAGCAACGACCCAAUAUCUAUGGGGUGUCAAGAUACGCAGAUAGUGGGCACGCCUUGGAGAAAACAGCUCGGUUAGAGGGUAUAAAAGGUUUUUACGGCGGAUUUACAGCAAACCUUCUCAAAACUCUUCCUGCAGCUUCCAUUACUUUCAUUGUUUAUGAAAAUGUUCUCAGUUUGCUCACACAGACAAAGACGAGGGACUGAUUUAUCACUUUCUUCAUUAUUUAUGUACUUUUUGUAUACCAUGUUUUGGUACAAAUUAACAUAAACUUUCAGAUGUAUAUGUAUGAAAAUGUAAUCAAAUGCUUACUGCAUUUUUUUUAAAUACUUG